AUGCGACCUGCGCGGCCAGGUGCGAGUGACCUGGAAGAGGAGGGAAGUGCGGGGCGAGUGAGGGCGGUGUUUGGCGUGUGGGUUGAGAACGAGGGUGGGAGGGGGAAAGGGGCUCAUCCCUUCUCCUUCCCUCCCUCAUCCCUUCCUCUUCCCUCCCCCGUCCCUCAACUUCCCUCCCCCGUCCCUCCCCUUCCCUCCCCCGUCCCUCUCCCGUCCCUCCCUCUUCCUCCCCCUCCCCCUUCCCCCUUCACUCCCCCGUCCCUUCCCCCCCCCCUCCCCUGUCCCUUCCCCCUUCUCUCCCCUGUCCCUUCCCUUCCCCUCCCCUGUGACUUCCCCCUAUCGCCCCCCAUGCAAAUAGGACUGCGCACGAUAUGGGAGGAGUACUACGAGGAGUCGCAUGCAGUGAUCUACGUGGUGGACGCUGCCUGCCCCAACAGAUUCGACGACGCUAGAGGCGCGCUCGGUGGGUGCUAG